GCGGCUCUCGGGCACUGCACCGGAUGAAGAGCGCGCGCGCACACCUCCUUUCCACACCUCUCUCUUUCAUUCUCUCUCUCUCUCUCUCUCUCUCUCUCUCUCCCAUCAAGUAACCAGUGCGUGCGAGUUCUGGUCCGGGUUGGAUCGAAGCGCGCGCGACAGGUGCUGUUCGGGUGCGAGAGAGAGAGCGCGCGCGCGCGCGACAGGUGUUGUUCGGGUUCGAGUUGCGCGCGAGUUUUUUUUUUUUUUUUUAAAUAAACAAACAAAUAAAUAAACAAAGCACGAUGAGCGCGCUGCUGCUGCUGCUGCUGUCCUGCGCGCUGUGCGUUCACUCUUUCCCGCUGUCAUUAUCGCACAAAGACCAGCCGGCUUGGCCAGAGAAGAUGCAUCAUUAUCCGCUGAAGAAGAGAGGAAGACUUCUGCACCCCCAAGACACGCUAAAUGAAGAUUUAAAGAUGAAGAUAUGGCAACAUCACCCAGCUAUCCCCAACAAUGGGAGUGAUAUCUGGAACAGGCCACGGUGUGGAGUCCCAGACUACCCUUCAAAGCAAGAAAACUUCUAUCAUGUAGUACGUAGAGGGGGUUUAUAUGGUGGACGGCACCGAGGCAAGCGCUUUGCUUAUUUGACCAAGGGAUGGAACAAGACCAACUUCACUUACGCGAUCCUAAGGGCGCCACAGCAGAUGAAUUUGGAGAAAGUGCAGCAGGUGUUCAGAGAAGCGAUACAGGUCUGGAGCUCUGUCACUCCUCUCACCUUCACCGAGGUCCGAAGGGGCCGUGCCGAUAUCACCAUCGACUUCGUUAGGUACGAACACGGAGACAAGCUGCCUUUUGAUGGUCCAGGAGGAAUCUUGGCUCAUGCUUUCUUUCCUAGAAGCCACCGACAGGGAGAAGUGCACUUUGACUAUGAUGAGCAUUGGACGUUGGGCAACGGCAUGGGCACAGACUUGCUGCAGGUGGCCGUUCAUGAAUUCGGCCACACUCUCGGGCUGCAGCACUCCAAUGAUCUUGGCUCAGUGAUGUCUCCGUUCUACAGCUACUCCUACCCACUGCAGCUCAGCAAGGAUGACGUGAAGCGCAUCCAGGCUCUUUAUGGUGUCAAACUUAUGAAACAGAAGAAGUCAGAGCUGGACACCAAUGACAUCAUGAUAGUACCCGAUGUCUGUGACACAGACUUCGACGCUGUGUCGAUGAUCCGUGGCGAGCUGUUCUUCUUCAAAUCGGGCUAUGUAUGGCGAAUCCGUGAUGGCAGACUGCAGGAUGGGUAUCCUGCUUUAGCCUCCAGACACUGGCAUGGAAUUCCUUAUAAUAUUGAUGCAGCAUACGAGGACACAUCUGGAAACAUCUGGUUCUUCAAAGGUCAGAAUUACUGGGUGUAUGAUGCUGAAAAGCAGAUCAGCGGGCCAAAGUCAGUGUGGACACUGGGACUUCCUGUCGGUAACAUCCAGGCAGCCUUGAUGUGGGGUAAAGACAAGACCCAGAAGGUGUACUUCUUUAAGGGAGAAAACUACUGGCGUUAUAACCCAAAGGAUAACCGGGUGGACAUGAGCUAUGUUCGCACCGAGAACUGGAGGGGAAUCCCAAAUGAUAUUGAUGCUGCUUUCCAGGAUCGCUAUGGCUAUGCCCACUUCCUGAAAGGCAAACAGUAUUGGAAGUUUAGCCCAGUGGGGGUCGAGGCCCUUGAAGGAUACCCUCGCUUCAUCGGCAUGGACUUCUUCAAUUGCCCCGCCAACAAGUAAAUAAACCUCCAGCACAAAUGGAGCUUAACCGACUGAAAUUGCUACAAACUUGAAGAUGUUUCAGGACUUGUUUAUGUUUAAACCAAGUUUAUUAUUCAAAGUUACCUGGAUGAUGUAAAGAUGGUAUAUGAUCUUGGUCCCAACAUUUCACCCUCAGACAGGUUGUGUGCUAUAGGGUUCUGCCUUAUUACCUGAACAUAUAUCGUUGCAUGACCAUCAGUCAGGUUGGAUCAAACCAACAAAUGCAAAACAUGAAUUCCUGGAAGAUUUCCAGCCACACACAACCUUGACACUUCUCAGGAAAAGCAUGUACACCCUGCCUUUCCAAUUUCUUCAUUUUCUGCUGUCUUGUGCAGAAUUUGAUUAUUUAUUGCCUGUAUAUUUUGCCAUCAUCUUCAGUAUUGUAGUUACCGAGAACUCAGAACUCAACUCGGUGCCAAAAUGUGCUGUUUCACUGAGGAAGAAAAACUUUUUUUUUCUUACUUAAAAAAAAAACUCGUGCACAACGGUACUAAAAUAACACACAGGGAAGGCUUCUUGUACCGCAGCCGUCAAAUUUUUAUCCAAAGAAAUACAAUAGCUCAGGUGUAUCACUGAGUGCUGAGAAAGGAGAAAGAGGAGGCAGUCAAAGGCAAACUUGACACACAUCACGGUUUGUAAUUUCGGAAAGACUGUCAUUGAGUACAAGAUAACAUCCAAACAACAUUUCUGUGACCAAGUUUCCUAUUUUCUUUUCACCUCAGCAGGCAUGAUUUUGCGUAUACCAUGGCCACGUACCAGCAGUUUUUGCUUAAUGAUAACGAAAUGAUAUGUAAGUAGCAAAAAAAAAAAUUAGCUAGUUACCACCACUCUAAUAACAACACAUCCCAAAGUGUUUUAUUCCUCUUAUACCAAAGAAAUUUACCAAUGCUUAACAUUUUUAUUAAUUAAAGAAUUUCAUGUAUGUUUUAUCCAUUUAUUGUAGUAUUUUAUGUUAAAAAAAAAAACACGUUACAAUCAGUCAUUCCAACUUACCGAGAAACUGGACCAUGCAGUUCAGAAAAUGUACUGACUGUUACAAAGCACUGACACUGGAGACUCCUUCCAUAAAUGUUAAAUAAACACCGCUUUAUAGAAAAGUACUAUGGCAACAAAUAAACAUUUUGCUGUUGCUGCUGUUGUGAAAUAGCAACAGGUUUUUAAAAUCUGUGCCUUUGAUUAUGUGUAACGUCCGCCAUAGUGUCCCGAUGAAAUGGCUGUUGUUAUAGAAAUGACUACUGUGAAAUUAAUUAAUGCCAGCCAAUCAGCAACGAGUAUUUUCUGUGGUCAUGGUAUAAUAUGCCAUAUUUCAGGUUCUGUCCUGAUUUCAUCCCUCCUGAAUACUGUGUUGUAACAUUUUGCAGUGCAGGUCACUGAUGCUGCCGUGUCAGUCAUCUUUGCCUUGUUUUAAUGACUACGGGACAUUUUUUUGAUGCCUUACACUGCUCAGGAAGUGAAUUGUGCUCUAACCCAGAAGCAGAAGCACUGGUAAUAUGUUAGCGACCUUAUAAAAGGAACAGUACUGUUUUCACUGUUUAAUAUAACCUCUUAUGUAAUCUGUGUUCUGAUCUUCUACUUUAAUCUUAUGUAUUAUGUAAAUAGGUCUGUAAAAAGAAUUGUAUAAUAUGUUUGAUCCAAUAAACAUUUCGUGAAGAUUUUC